AUGAGGGGACCCGCGCUGCUGCUGUUGCUGCUGCUGCUGCUGCUGUUUCCAAUCUCGCUUACCCUCGGCUUCCCAGGAUCUGGAGAUUCACCGCUAGAAGAUCAUGACGUGGGGUUCUCACACCCUAGAUAUAAAGAUGCCCCAUGGUGCUCCCCUGUCAAGGUGAAGUAUGGAGAUGUGUACUGCAGGGCCCCUCAAGAAGGAUACUACACAACAGCCUUGGGAACCCGGUGUGACAUUCGCUGCCAGAAAGGCUAUGAGCUGCAUGGCUCUUCCCCACUGAUCUGCCAGUCGAACAAACGAUGGUCCCACAAGGUCAUCUGUAAGCAAAAGCGAUGUCCUACACUUGCCAUGCCUGUAAAUGGAGGGUUCAAGUGCGUAGAUGGUGCCUACUUUAACUCUAGGUGUGAGUACUACUGUUCACCAGGAUACACAUUGAAAGGGGAGCGGACAGUCACGUGUAUGGACAACAAGGCCUGGAGUGGUCAACCAGCCUCUUGUGUAGAUAUGGAACCUCCGAGAAUCAAGUGCCCAAGUGUGAAGGAACGUAUGGCUGAACCCAAUAAGUUGACAGUCCGGGUGUCCUGGGAUACACCUGAAGGAAGAGACACAGCAGACGGCAUUCUAACUGAUGUUAUUCUCAAAGGCUUCCCCCCAGGCUCAAAUUUUCCAGAAGGAGACCAUAAGAUCCAGUACACAGUUUAUGACCGAGCAGAGAACAAGGGCACUUGCAAAUUUCGAGUUAAAGUAAGAGUCAAACGCUGUGGAAAACUCAAUGCCCCCGAGAAUGGCUACAUGAAGUGCUCCAGCGACGGGGAUAAUUAUGGAGCUACCUGCGAGUUCUCCUGCAUCGGCGGCUAUGAGCUCCAGGGUAGCCCUGCCAGAGUAUGUCAGUCUAAUCUGGCUUGGUCUGGCACAGAGCCCACAUGUACAGCUAUGAAUAUCAAUGUGGGUGUCAGAACAGCUGCGGCACUUCUGGAUCAGUUUUAUGAGAAAAGGAGAAUCCUCAUUGUGUCUACACCUACAGCCCGAAACCUGCUCUACAGGCUGCAGCUGGGAAUGCUACAGCAAGCACAGUGCAGCCUGGAUCUUCGACACAUCACUGUGGUAGAGCUUGUAGGUGUGUUCCCGAACCUCGUUGGCAGGAUAGGAGUGAAAAUUAUGCCUCCAGCCCUAGCUCUGCAGCUCAGGCUGUUGCUGCGAAUCCCGCUCUACUCCUUCAGCAUGGUGCUGAUUGAUAAGCAUGGCAUGGACAAGGAACGCUAUGUCUCUCUGGUGACCCCUGUGACCCUCUUCAACCUGAUUGACACAUUCCCACUGAGGAAAGAGGAGAUGGUCCUGCAAGCGGAAAUGGGCCAGUUGUGCAACACCUGA